GGCAAAGCUGUCAGGCAGGCAAGAACCUUCUCUUCUUCUCUUCCUGGAGGCCUGGGACCCUACCUGCCCUGGUUCUUCUCUCUCUCUCUCCCGUCCCCGAGCUCGCCGUACAUCCUGCGUCCCCAACCCCAUGUCGUCGCCGCCUGCGGAGGAGGAGGAGGAGACCACGGACGUGCAGACCGAGGAGGAAGAUGCAGAGGAAGAAUGGGGCGUCGAGGCUCUCGCCGGAGCUAGGGUUUCGGCGGCGGCGGAGGAGGAUGAAGAUGACAGCGGGGAGACGAGGACCACCUGCUGCGUGUGUAUGGAGCCAUCGACCUGCAGCGGCGCGCAUCGUCUCUGUUGCAUUCCCUGUGGACAUGUGUAUGGCAGAUCGUGCCUGGAGAAUUGGUUGAGUGCUUGCGGCAACACAAGCGCAAAGUGCCCUCAGUGUGGUAAAGCAUUUGAGCGCAAGCAUAUUAUCAACCUCUACAUACCAGGGAAUCUGUGGGAUGGUUGCUGCCGCAUACAGGAAGUAGAAGCACAUUAUUCUAGGGUUGCCAAGUACUUAGCAGAACUUGCGCCUUUAGCAAGACGGCAUGCGUCUGAAGCCAAGUCAGAAGCGCAAUUUGUGUCUGAAGUUGCUGACAAGCUAGAAGUGCUAGCUCAGUCUGUCGGUGCCGAGGACCAGGCCGUGGAUAAGAAGUUGGUUCAGGAUGCAUUGGCGAUGGUUAUGACUAGCUACGCAUCGGUGAAGGGGCAGGUGGAGAUGGCGCAUAGACGCUAUGAGGACCUAAUCGAGUUCAUGGUUCAGAGCUUCGAUGGACUGCUGGAACUGGAUUAUUCGAAAUGAUGAGUGGUGGUCGUGCCUUUUAAUUUGCCAGUUGCCAAUGCCAUACUGAUCAGGUGCCUUUUGUGGGGUACUUGUAUAGCAUCUGAUUCUGAUGUGCGCGUGUGUGUGUAUAUAUAUAUAUAUAUUGAGUUGCAUGUCGUGUGGGAAUGCAAUGCAAUGCAGGAGUAGUUUAGUAGGAACGGCAUUACCAUAUGCCGAUGUGCACUUUUGAUGACUUUUGACUGAUGAUUGCCCUUCAAUUCUUAAGUGAUAGCUGCUAGAAUGGAAUAUCUCUCUCUUGGA